GGUAGGUCUACGUGGUGAGGAGUGGGACCUUUGUCGUGCACCAACACCACGAUGGAUGACUAUCCGAUGUAUGGGCUACUUGUUGGGUUCUCCCUCUGGGGGACCCUUUGGCGUCUCCUCUUUCCUCUGGGCUUUUGGCCCACUUUCACGUGUAGAGUAGGGCCCACUCGUGGUGAGACUUCCACCAACCCCUACACGAAGGAGGAGGAGGAGAAGAUGGUCGCCAUUCUGCAGGACAAAAAGGAGAAGAAGGAGGCCAAGAAGAAGGCCUUGAAGGAGGAGCAGGCGGUCAAACUGAAGAAGAUAGAGGAAGAGCUGGCCAAAGAGAAGGAGAGGAUACAGAAAGAAGAAGAAGAGAAGUUGAAAGAGGUGGAAGAGGAUGAAGAAGAUGAAAUGCCAUUGCAGAGGAAGAGGGUGCAGUACGAUGGUAGUAGGGAUGAAGAGAUGGAGAAGCGAAUCUCCGAUGGAAAAAGGGAAGAGAACUUCGACAAUUGGGAGGCCAAUGUCAAGACCUAUGUGCAUCUGCAACAGGUCUCCCCGGAUCAGCAGGUUCUGAUUGCGAUUCACGCGCUCAGAGAUGAAGCCGCCAGCUUUGCAAGGUCCCUAGUUCGCGUUGCCAAUUGCAGCGAUGACCCCGUUGCGUACUCCUUAUUCACUUCCCUCACUGAGUUCUURAAGCUGUUGCGCGAGAGGUUCGCCGAUGUCGCCCGUAGCGUUAAGGCCUCAGACAGGCUGCAGACAAUCCACGCUCGUAAGUGGAAGAGCGUCAGGGCACUUAAGAGUACUAUGGACGAACUGGUAGCUGUCCCUGACCACGGAGUUACAGACACCCAGUUGGUUGGCCUCUUUUAUCGGGCUAUACCCGAAGCCCUCCGAGGGCAUUUCUUCGCAAAGAGCGAAGACCCUGCCACUACAUACGAUUCCCUUAGUCGCGAAGAAGUGGCUUUUGAAGCCAAGUCUGCGUCUGUGUCCACUUUCUGGCACAAGGACUUGGACAACGGUAAGCAAUGGAAGGGCCACACUAUCUCAGGGCAAGUAAAGACCAAGGACAGCCUUGUCCUAACCUUAGAUGAGGGUAGUGUGGAUUGGAUCCCCUACGACCAGAUUGAGUGGGGGUUAGAGGAGGAGGACAGCGGUGUGGGCCAAGGGAGAUCUUACGCUGCUGUCGCGGCUGGAGGGAGGCCGCAAGGAGGAAAAGGCCAGGGCCAAGGGGGCCGGGCCUCAGGGAGUCGAUUUCAGGGUGAUCAGGGGGUUGGCGGCAGAGGAGAAAACCGCCAAGCAGGAGGCAGGGGUCAAGGUCCCCCGCAAAACCGUCCUAGGAAUAGGAAGUUCGUGAGGAACUUCUCCACCAUCGCUGCGCCCCUUCRCADAYUGCUAAGAAAAGAGACAAUCUGGAAGUGGGACAAGGACUGCACGUCUGCCAUGAAGAAGCUAAAGCAGGCGUUGAUAGAGUACCCGGUCCUUAAGGUCGUCGAUCCAUCCUUGCCUUUUGUCGUUACUACGGAUGCUAGCCAGUACGGCAUAGGCGCAGUGUUACAGCAAGACGAUGGCAAUGGGUAUAGACCCGUAGAGUUCAUGUCCGCUAGAAUGCCUUCAGAGAAGGUCGCGAYAUCYRCCUAYGAGAGGGAACUCUACGCUCUCAGGCAAGCCUUAGACCACUGGAAGCACUACUUGCUUGGGAGGCACUUCAAAGUCUAUUCUGACCAUGAAACGUUACGAUGGUUAAAGACGCAGGCCAAGAUGACACCUACGCUUACUAGGUGGGCCGCAGAGAUAGAUCAGUAUGACUUUGAGCUCAAGCCUGUCAAAGGGAAGUACAACGUAGUCGCGGAUCCUCUGAGUAGAAGAGCUGAUUAUUUUGGGGCAAUAGUACAUUACCUCGAUAUAGGAAAGGAUCUGCAGCAGCAGGUUAUGGAAGCCUACGCGCAGGACCCUAUCCAUGGUGAGCUCCUUAAGAAAGUCAAGGAGGCCCCAGAGACCGAGCCGAACAACCGCACUACUGAAGGGUUGCUUUUUGAGAAGACUAAUGUUUUUGACCGAUUAUGCAUCCCCAAUAGCAAACAGAUCCGCAGUCUAAUCCUGGGAGAAUGCCAUGACACGGAGGGUCAUUUUGGUUGGCAAAAGACCUUAGCCAAUCUGAUGCGCGCGUAUACCGGGCCAGGGAUGAAGAAUGACUGCGUAGAGUAUGUUCGCAGUUGUAAGACGUAUUUCCGCCCAGAGAAGGAUGGGAAAGUGGAGAAGGUCCUCCACUCCCUGACUCUCCUUGUAGAAGACAGCCUCGCAUUCGAAAUUGAUCUGGGAAUGGAUUGGGGAGAGGCAGCCGGGGCCACGCUCCAUUUGAAGGAGCACAAGUGUAGGCUCCCUAAUUCUUUAGGCGAGGCUAAGAGUGCCCGCCUGUUCCAUGUGUCAGGCGUAGAGAAUUCCUUGGCACAUUGUUGCAUGAGCGUGCCCGCAUUCGCCAGAUUCGUGAAGAAAGAGAAAUUGGAGGAACAGGUCUUUGUCGCCUAUAUUAGGCCAGUGACUGAGCCUAAGGAAGAGAAGCCCGUAAACCCUACUAUUGCCAAAUUGCUGGAAGAGUUUAAGGAUUUAACUAAGCCGCCGACAGGCACGGUGCCGCGGCCCAUCCAGCAYCGUAUUGAGAUAGAGCCUGGCAGUAAAACUCCUAAGGGUGCUGUAUAUAGGAUGUCCCCGCGGGAGUUAGAGGAGCUACGGAAGCAAUUGGACGAGCUCCUCGAAAAGGGUUGGAUUAGGCCCAAUUCGUCUCCUUUUGGAGCCCCUGUUCUCUUUGUCCCUAAGAAAGAGGGAGAGUUGAGGAUGUGUAUAGACUAUAGGGGUCUGAAUGCUAUUACUGUAAAGAAUGCUGAGCCACUGCCUAGGAUAGACGAUCUCUUAGAUCGAGUGCAAGGGGCCAAGUACUUCUCUAAGAUAGACUUAAAGUCUGGAUACCAUCAGAUAGAGGUACAUUCUGAUGAUCAGUAUAAGACAGUUUUCCGGACUAGGUACGGGCACUAUGAGUUUAUAGUGAUGCCCUUUGGACUAACCAAUGCGCCAGCUACGUUCCAGCGUUGUAUGAACGAUUUGUUUAGGGCAUGGUUAGAUAGAUUUGUUGUAGUGUACCUAGAUGACAUUCUAGUGUUUAGUAAGACCCUUGACGAGCAUCAGGGUCAUCUCAGGCAGGUCUUGGAGAAGCUGAGAGAAGCUAACUUCAAGAUCAAUGCGAAGAAGUGUCAUUGGGCGAAGACCCAAGUUUUGUAUCUAGGCCACGUCUUAGACGGAGACGGCGUUAAGCCAGAAGAUAGCAAGAUCGCAGCGAUUAGAGACUGACCCACGCCACGUACGCUGACAGAGUUGCGCUCGUUCCUGGACUUAGCAAAUUACUAUAGG